AUGAAUUCGACUUCAUCUUUUAAAAAUCGUUAUCGUGUUGGGAAAACUUUGAAAAAUAUGCUUAUGGGUUACUUCACUGAAUAUGAAACACAAAAAUUAGUUGUGAUAUACGACACAAAAUAUACUGUAUUACUUCGUAUUAUGCAGAUAAUUAUUCUUAUCUAUUCUACAAUAUAUUUACUUUUAUAUGAAAAAGGUUAUCAAAAACAAACUACAACAAUUACAUCGUCAGUAACACUUAAAGUAAAAGGCAUUGGUUAUGCUCAUAUACCAGGAAAUCAAACAAUGAUUAUUGAUGGAGCGGAUUAUAUUAUUCCAUCAUCAGAAAAUCAUGCUAUAUUUAUUAUGACAAGUUUUGUUCAAACUGAUCAGACACGAUCUACAUGUGCUGAGAAUAUAAAAGUUGAAGAAGCAAUCUGUCGCAAUGAUAGUGAAUGUUUCAAUAAAUCAUUUACAUCAGAUAUGAAUGGACGUUGGACAGGUCGAUGUUUAUUAUCACCAGGAAAAGAUAUUGGCAAUGAGAUAACAAAUAUUACAAAAACUAGAAUGGGUUUAUGUGAAUAUGCAGGUUGGUGUCCAUCACAAGAUGAUCUUACAUCAACUCUACUUGUUGAAGAAGCUCCUAAUUUUACACUAUUUAUUAAAAAUUUUAUUGAAUUUCCAGUAUUCAAUGUUAAACAUAAAAAUAUGGUUGAUAACUUUAAAAAAUCAUGUACUUUUCAUCCAGAACACUAUAAAGAUUGUCCUAUAUUUAGUAUUGAUUAUAUAAUGAAUGAAGCGGAAAAAAAUAUUACAGAACGUAAUUUAAUGUUACAGUACGGUGGUGUUAUACGUAUUAAACUUGAUUGGGAUUGUAAUCUAGAUCGAAAUAUAAAAUUAUGUAAACCUCAAUAUUCAUUUGCUCGUCUUGAUGUACCUUUUCAUGAAAAACCAUUUUCAAAGGGUUUUAAUUUUCGUUAUGCUUCUUAUUGGAAACAUGAUGAAGAACGUUUUCGUACGUUAACAAAAGUUUUUGGUCUUCGUUUUAUAAUUUCUGUUAGUGGUAAAGCUGGAAAAUUUGAUUUUAUUCAAUUAACUUUAAAUACUGGUUCAUUAGUUGGACUCUUUGGUUUAGCAACAUUUGUUUGUGAUAUUCUUCUACUUCGUUUAUCAAAAAAAGCACGGAUUUAUCGGAAUUAUGUGUUUGAAAGUGUAAAUUUACGAAAACUUAUUGAUAGUACAAUGACUGUGUCAAAAAAAUACCUUUCAACAAAUGACGAUGAAUUUUCAAAUUCCGACUCAAAUAUAGAGGCAGAGUUAUCAUUUGAAACACCUGAAAAUAGUCCAGCAUCUCCCGGAAGAACUGUUGUCAUGGGUUCAGUUACUUUCAUUAAUUCGAAUCAAUGA